UUGGUCAGGGUAAUUCACUUUGGAGGAGCAGACCAAGAGACAGCGGAAUCAAAAUGAAGACAGCUUUUGUUCUAAUUUUGACCCUUCUAAUCUUUUUCAUAGAUGCCUCACCAAUAUUACCAGAAAAAGAAGCCAAGCAGCUUUUGAGAACCCGUCGUGAAGACAGACCAAGAAAACCUGGUUUCCCUGAUGAACCAAUGCGGGAAUACUUGCUUUACCUUCAGCAGUUGGAACAGAGAUCUGAAGAACAGUUCCUUGAGCACUGGCUGAAUCCACAUUGCUACCCACAUUGCAACAGGAAUUUAGUUCAUCCAGUGUAAAUGCUUAUGUUGUUUCCACCAGUGACAAUAAUCCUUCCUGACAUGGAGAAAUAAAAAAGCAAGGAAGAAAACAGUCUACAGUAAAUGAAAUAUUACAGAUCUCAUAUAGCAUUUUCAAUGUAAACAGAGCAUCAGAAGUCAUAAGAAUUUUGAUACUGCCCUGCAGUCAGCUACACUUUUUAAAAACUAUAUGUUAGAGCUUAAUUUUGUUUAUUAAAUUGCAUAGGCAUGCAUUUCAAAUAUUGGCUUGGCCUUAGGCAGCAAUGCUAUAUACACCUAUCCAAGAGCAAUAGGGCAUGCUUCUGAGUAGUCACAUAAUGCUGUACGUAUUCUGUAAAUCAUGAAACUAGGGUUUAAAAGUGGUAGAUUUGUUAUAAAUUUCUAGCAAUUUUACCAUUAUGUUAAAAAGUAGAUCAUUGUCCUUAGAGGUGUGGGCAAGUCAACAGAUGUGUUGAAGAUUAAAAACUAGAGUGAUAUAGGUGGAGCUUGUAAUAACCACAAAUAUAGAUGUUCUGCACUCAGCCCAGUUCACUAAGGGUUGAAGCAGACUGCUGCGAAGGAGCAGCUUCUGGCUGCCCCUUUGAGAGCAAGAUCAAGGCUGUGGCAACUACACGCCACAAAAUGCCGCUCCCUUUUGGGAUGAAAAAAAGCUGCCCCUUUCAAAACACCGGCGGCUCUUCCACGUUUCUGUGAUGUGUGGCCUCUGAACGCUGCACUGCAGGAAUGUCUCAAUGCUGCCUACCAUCUGUUUGGGUGGGUGGUGUAAUGCCAGCUUGGGGGCGGAAUCAGGGCAUGUGGUGUGCGGACCUGAAUCACCCACGCCACCCUUUGUCAGUCUGUUAGAUUGCAAACCUAUGCAUGUUCACAUAGGAACAAACUUAAUUGAAUUCAGCAGGACUUCAAUCUGAGGAAUCAGGCAUAGAAAAGAAUAACAUAGGAUUGGGCCAUGACCCCUUUUGUUAUUGGUGUGUGCUUUCAAGUCAUUUCCAGCUUAUGGUGACCUUAAUGUGAACCUAUCACAAGGUUUUCUUGGGAUAAUUUAUUCAGAGUGGGUUUGCCCUUGCCUUCGUCUGAACCUGAGAGAAUGUGACUUGUCCAAGGUCACACAAUGGGUUUCCAUGGCCAUGCAGGAUACAAACUCUGGUAUCCCAGUGUCCUAGACCAACAUU